AUGGAUCUUGAGAGCGCAGAACGAGAGGUUCGUAGUUCGUUUGGAUUGGAGUUUGCCGACUUCAGUACACCAUCUACUGCUGUCCCUCCUACUCCUUCCGGAGCAUCAGGUUGGAUGGAAGACAUCAAAAAAGUCAUCAGUUUCGAGAGUGUCGAGGAAUUCUGGGG